AUCUUCUUGGGUCAAAACUUUUGAGGUGGGCUGGAUAGCAAGCAGAAGGGGAGAGGGUAGACCGGGGCGCACCAGGUGGAGGCGCUUCAGCACCUCGGCCAGCGCCCGCUGCAGCGGGUCCCAGCCUUCUGAGCUCCCCGACUCCCGACUCCCCACUCUGAGAUGCCUGCGGAAUGAUCGCCCCCCAGGGCGGCUGCUGCUGCUGCCUCUGCUGCUUCUGCCGUCCCCUUCUCUGCCUCUACUCUGCUCUGACUGGAAGGCAGAAAGUGCAACUGACGUGGGAAAGGUCUCCGCAGUGAGUGGAGUGGCUACAUAAAACAGAGUAAAGAGAGGCAAAAACCCACAUCAGAAUGCAGGCGAGGUCCAGCCUUCUCAACCUCCUUCUUCUGUCUUUACUUGCCGGAUUAGAUCCUUCCAAGACUCAGAUUAGCCCCAAAGAAGGGUGGCAAGUGUACAGCUCAGCGCAGGACCCUGAUGGGCGAUGCAUUUGUACAGUGGUGGCUCCAGAACAAAAUCUCUGUUCCCGAGAUGCCAAAAGCAGGCAGCUCCGCCAGCUGCUGGAAAAGGUGCAGAAUAUGUCCCAAUCUAUAGAAGUCUUAAACUUGAGAACCCAGAGAGAUUUUCAGUAUGUCUUAAAAAUGGAAACUCAAAUGAAAGGGCUGAAGGCCAAGUUUCGGCAAAUUGAAGAUGAUCGCAAGACACUAAUGACCAAGCACUUUCAGGAGCUGAAAGAGAAAAUGGACGAGCUACUGCCCCUGAUCCCUGUGUUGGAGCAGUACAAAACAGAUGCAAAGCUCAUCACGCAGUUUAAAGAGGAAAUUCGGAAUCUUUCCUCAGUCCUCACUGGGAUUCAGGAGGAAAUCGGUGCCUAUGACUAUGAAGAACUGCACCAACGGGUCCUCAGUUUGGAAACCAGGCUGCGUGACUGCAUGAAAAAGCUAACAUGUGGAAAAUUGAUGAAGAUCACAGGCCCCAUCACAGUCAAGACAUCUGGAACACGAUUUGGUGCUUGGAUGACAGACCCCUUAGCAUCUGAAAAACAUAACAGAGUCUGGUAUAUGGACAGUUACACCAACAAUAAAAUAGUCCGUGAAUACAAGUCCAUUGCAGACUUCGUCAGCGGAGCUGAAUCAAGGACAUACAACCUUCCUUUCAAGUGGGCAGGAACUAACCAUGUUGUCUACAACGGCUCACUCUAUUUUAACAAGUAUCAGAGUAAUAUCAUCAUCAAAUACAGCUUUGAUUUAGGGAGAGUGUUAGCCCAGCGAAGCCUGGAGUAUGCUGGCUUUCACAACGUAUACCCCUACACGUGGGGUGGAUUCUCCGACAUUGACCUCAUGGCUGAUGAAAUUGGACUGUGGGCCGUGUAUGCAACGAACCAAAAUGCAGGCAAUAUUGUCAUCAGCCAGCUUAACCAAGACACGCUGGAGGUGACGAAGAGCUGGAGCACUGGCUAUCCCAAGAGAAGUGCAGGGGAGUCCUUCAUGAUCUGUGGGACGCUGUAUGUCACAAAUUCUCACUUAACUGGAGCCAAAGUGUAUUAUUCCUACUCCACAAAAACUUCCACAUAUGAGUACACAGACAUCCCCUUCCAUAACCAAUACUUUCACAUAUCCAUGCUUGACUACAAUGCUAGAGAUAGAGCUCUUUACGCCUGGAACAAUGGCCACCAGGUCCUGUUCAAUGUGACCCUGUUCCACAUCAUUAAAACUGAAGAUGACACAUAAGCACAUGUCAUUUAUUUUUAUCUACCUACACUGUCAUUCAUGAUAAACUCUAUAGAAACCUUUCUGUGUUUGUUUUUUUUUUCUCCUUGAAUGACGUGUCAUCGUUUCUCCAAAGCAAAGUAUUUUAUUGUAUAUUUGGAGUUUCAAAAAGUGUUUGUCUAAGCUAACGUGUUAGAAACACAUCUUAACUCCUAAACUUACAGGGCCUAUCAUGCCCUUGUCAUGCAAAGCACUAACCAGAGUUUAAGUGGCUAGAGUCAUAGUUUUGCAAAAGAUUAAUGGUCUGCCUUGUAUUAGAAUCAGACUAAUGGUGGCUUAAAUGCAUGAAUGUCUUCUUUUCUGAACUGUAAUUUUUUUACUGUCUCUUGCUCUAUCUAUGUCCAGAAAUAUUUUCAUAGGAAUUAAGGUAAAAGAAAAGCACCUCCCCUGCAUUUAUUUCUACAAAAAGAUUUAAAGAGUUUAUUUAUAUGGAAAAUACUAUCAAUCAUGUUGCUGUUACCACAUUCUCUGAUGCGGUGCUGUGCAACCAUUUAUAAAUCCCUUGCUGACAUUUUUUGGCAGUAUGUAUUUCUAUCAAUGUAACCACCAUCGUACAAUUGUAUUUCUUCAUUUCUAUGAAAGUAACAUUUUUUUAUAAAGUGCACUAAAAUUUAGUCUCAGUAAUUAUUCAAGUCAGUUUUCAAGUGUGGUCAAGAAAAAUCAUCUUGACUUACGCCUUCACACAAGUACUAUAAAUUUAAAACUAUUAAACCAGGUAUCCUAUAUAGACUCUUUGUUUGGUACCAAGUUUAUUCUACUAUUGGCUGUUAAAGUGAACACCAAUUCAUUGUAGUGAUACUCUUUUUCCUGGAAGUAUCCCACAUAAUCCUUUGAAAAGUAUGCAGCUGUGUUAUAAAGACUGCAUUUGAUUUUAUUUAUUUAUCAUAUUAGUGUUAUUAUAAUACAUAUAUAUUAGUAUUUUAACAUAUUUUGCAUACAACUUUCAAUAAUGCCAUUUCUUAUAUUAAGCACAUGAAGAUUAUUACAGAAAGAAAAUUUGCAUAUUUUUUCUAUAUUAAAAUUAUGAACCAUGGAGAGUUAAUGGCAAGCUUGUACAAAAGAAAAUGAUAAAAAUAAUUGGGAGUUUUCUUUGGUUUCAAAUGUAUAAUCAAAUCAGAAAACUAAAUAAAAUGCAAUCCCAAAAUACCUUGCCUCACAAUAUGUUCAAAAUUAAAGAAUCUAAAAAGCAAAACUUUGAUAACUUUUAUGUUACUAAUUCCACAGAACAUAAAAUCAAUAAAUAUGGAACAUGCCAAUCAAUUUAGACGUACUUUCCCUACAUUCAAAAGAAUUCCUCUAAGGCACUUCUAUGAAAACUAAUAAGGAUGUAUUUUAAUUUCUUAAAAACAUAUACUAAAAUAAAUAUUAUAUAGUCUAAUAUAUAAUUUUGUCAUAUAUAAUAUCACAUUUUAAAAAUAAGCAUAUGAUAAUUCAGACAAAGCAUGCCAUAUACAGAUAAUGAUGUUCAGAGUAAUUCUUUUUAAAUUCUGCAAUUGAAGAGUUGCUCUCAAAUAUCCCAUCAAAAUUGGAGAAUAUAAUUACUUAAUCUUGAAAUUCAAGAUUGAAGGAGUAGCUACCUUUUGUUCACAAAACAUAAGCAUGAUCUCAUGGGCACCCUAUGUUUGUUAAUGAUGGUGACUUCUCUUCUUAAACAUUUACAUGGGUUCCCAUCCACAAAUAAGAGUUGGAAAAUUUAGGAGAUUCAUUUGUCAUACUACACAUAUCAUAGUGUAAGCAGUUCAUACUUCAUAUAGCAAUUUGUAUAAGAUAAAACCUCAUGUCAGUUUUAGAAAUGAAUCAAUUUUUAGGCAGACAAUCUCUAAUAGGAACCAUUCUUAUUAUGUGGUAUCACAUACAUUUAAAAUAUGGAUGAUCAUGGCUUAUUUGUGAGGUGUGCAUCUUGUACAGGGCCCUGUUGUUUUCUAUGUAAGGUUUCAUCACCUAUCCAAUACUUAGUGUAUGUGCUGCUAGAGCAAGCUAAGAUUUUAUUGUCACUAGAAGUGGGGUAACACGCGCUUAAAAUAUGACUUGCAUUAAACAUUUGCAGUUAAUGAGCAUUUCCUUAAUAAAUUAUGUUCAGUUUUGUGCCUGAAAUAAAUAAGAACUUAAUCACUGUUUCCUUUUUAAUCUUCAGCAAAUAAAGUAAUUUUAUGAAAGAAAUAAUGGGUAUUUUAAAAUCAUCUUUAGACUAAAGCAGUGCAGAGAUCUACACUCAGAAAUUCUAUGUCUGAAGUGAACUAUGUAACUGGUAUUUUUUAAAUUAAUCUGAUCAUUAAAGUACUCCCUGUCAUUCAAACAAUA